AUGAUGAGCUACACAGGCCACAAGGAGGAGGUGUGGCCGCAAGCCCUGAAGGCAGACAGACUCAGCUCUCCUCCGAAGACCUGCUUUGCUGUGGACGUGGUGGCAUCCCGCGUUGCUCAUGCAUCCCCCAGUAAUGGCCUUCUCCCCGUCCCAGAGCAGCGCCAUCUCGCCAGCCAGAAGCCUGAGGAGAGCUGGCCGAAGCGCCGCAUAGAGAGCAGCUAUUUCUCCCUGGAGCGCCGGAAAACCGACCCUCCUUGGGCAUCCACCCCACUGCAUGCCCCUUCUGGCUCCUCACCGGCCCGCAGCGACCCAGUGGGCAGUGGCAGGCGCCUCACUGGCUCCCAGAUUCGGGAGCCCCACGGGCACCCUGGCAGCAGGGGUGCAGAGGGGCGGCACGGGCUGGAGAGGCAGGAGUACACGGUGCUGGCAGACCUGCCCAAGCCCAAGCGCCUCAGCCAGCGGGAUGCUGUCGACCGCUGCAGCUCCCGCACACUCAGCCCUGGCCGGGUGGAGGUGGAGAGGAUAUUUGGCUGCGAGCGCAGGAAAUCAGAGACCCUGGAGGCUUUCCAGGCCCUGGAGGAAGGCCGUGUGGACCGGCUCGAUGGCAAGACCCCAGUGCCACCCAGCAAAGGCCGCCUAGUUCGGAGGCAGUCCAGCCCCAGCCUGCCCAGGGAGGGCCAGCAGCUCUCCUGGCACCUCGAGCAGCGUGGCAGAGACCCCAAGGAGUCCCUGCGGUCCCGCAGCCCAGCUCAGCACUCAGAGAGGGCCAGCAGGAACCAGGGGGAUCUACCACAGGCUGCCAGCCCUGGCCGGCUGCUGGAGAGAGGCAGGGGGGGGGCCCCCCCCCCCCACCAGUCAGAGAAGAGGGCAGGGGAGCCCGUGAGCCCUCCCUGGUGCUCAGAGAAAAGCUGGAGGAGCCGAGGGGAGCCUGGCCGCCCCCUGAACUCGGAGAGGGGCCGAGCUGCCUGGCCGGCAAGGGGUACAGGGCAAGCCCUGGAGAAGAAGAGCCGAGGGGACCCCCUGCACCCAGCGGGCCUCAGGAAGGCCUUGGCUAACAGUGAGCUGAGCCAGGCACGGUCACCACCACGGUCCCUCAGUCCUGGAAGACUUACAGAGAGCACGUGGAGAAGCCAAAAGGAAAUCUCCCCUACUGGCCUGGUGCGGGGGGCAGAGAGGCAACGGGUGAAGCUGGGGGAGCCACUGCAUCUUGGGGGGCCUGGGAAGCCAUCCGAAUGCAGCUGGCAGAGCCUCCGGGAAAAACUGCCACCCUCCCACCCCAGGAAGGGUGCCAGCAGUGAAUUGAAAGGCCGAGGCAAGCCCCUGCACCCCACAAGCCCAACACGACCACUGGAACAGGACUGGAGGGGACGGGGGGAUGCCCACAAAGUGCAGGCAUCGGAGAAGGACUGGAAGCGCCAAGAGAAGCCCGUGUGCUAUGCAGACUUGAUGCACCAGGUGGAAAAGGACUGGAAAAGUCCCACUAGAUGUCUGGACGUGGGACUACGGCCAGAUGACAGCUGGAAAAGGCCUGAGAGUCCAGCACAGCAGCUGGAGGAUGACUGGAAGGGUCUCGAACACGCCCGAGACACAAACAACCCAGAGAAGCCGUUGGAAAGUGACUGGGGCAAGAAGAGGCUUCUCGUUUAUCACCACCAGCUGGGUGGAGGCGUCUUCCCACUGCACAGCGCUGGCUCAUCGGGAAGCCCACGUCCACAUUUGAAUGCCAGUGAGAAGUGCAACAAGGUAGGGGCCAUGCCCUGGGCAUGGUGA